AUGAACUUCACCAAUUGUUCGUUUGACUCCUGCGCCGGGCAAACAAAGACGUUCACUGAAAGGCUGGCGGUGUCUUUGUCACUGUCACUCAUCACAUUGCUCACCACGCUGCUGAACACUGCGGUGAUUUCCGCCAUCUGUCUGACCAAGAAACUCCACCAACCGGCCAACUAUCUGAUCUGUUCCUUGGCCCUGACUGACCUGCUGGUGGCUGUGCUGGUCAUGCCGGUCAGUAUUAUGUACAUGGCGACUGACGUCUGGCUCCUCGGGUACAUUGUGUGUGAGGCUUGGCUAAGUCUGGAUAUGACCUGCUGCACCUGCUCCAUCCUCCACUUGUGUGUCAUCGCCCUGGACCGCUACUGGGCCAUUACAGACGCCGUGGAAUAUGCCCGAAAGAGAACAGCGCGACGUGCCUGUGUCAUGAUACUGAGCGUCUGGGCCAUCUCCACACUCAUCUCCAUGCCACCUCUCUUCUGGAGGAGAUACGAUGCCAACAGCACCAGCGAGAAGUGCCUAAUCACGCACGACCACAUCAUCUACACCAUUUACUCCACACUGGGGGCCUUCUACAUCCCCAUGGCCCUCAUUCUCCUGCUCUAUUACCGCAUCUACAAUGCGGCCAAGCACCUGUAUCAGAAGCGGGGCUCCAGCCGGCACUUUAGCAGCCAGAGCGGCCAGAGUCAGAUCUCCUACAUGAGCUGCAGGCUGACCCACACCUUCUGCGGCUCAGACUUCUCCACCUCCGACCCCGCCUUGGAGUUCGACAAGAUCAACGUCACGUUGAGGAUGCCUCCAUUUGAGAGCGACAUGGUGAACCCUUGCGACCGACAACAGAUCUCCACCUGUCGGGAAAGGAAGGCAGCCCGAAUCCUCGGCCUCAUCCUCGGAGCCUUCAUCAUCUGCUGGCUGCCCUUCUUCAUCAAGGAGCUCUUUGAGGGGCUUCGCUUGUGCACUGUGUCUCCGCUUGCUGCUGACCUCCUCACAUGGCUUGGCUACAUCAACUCAUUAAUCAACCCCUUGCUCUACACCAGUUUCAAUGAAGAUUUCAAACUAGCCUUUCAAAAGCUUAUAAGGUGCAGGAAACACUCUUAG